UGGAAUGAUAAAUGUUCUAGAUUAAUUUACGUAUUCAACGAAAGGAGUUUUCCAUAAAAAAAUAACAUUUAAUAAUUAUAUUUCUAUACACAAUACAAUUAGUGGUUACAAUUUAUAUUUUGCUAAUACUGCAGUCAGACUAAUGAAAUAUCAAUGAGGAGAAUCAGGUUGGGGAAAUGCAUUAAGUACUGUUAAAUGUGAUAGAGGCAUGAUCUUUUCUUGCCGCCAGAAGUCACCUGACGUCAUCUAAAUUAUAUUUUGGUGAUCAUUGCUAGUGUGGUACUGAAGAUUUGCGUUGUUGAAGUUAUUGCUAAUGAUGAUGGUGAUAAUGUGAAAAAGGGCAAAAUGUUGCUACAGUAUGCUGUAAUAGUGACUUUCAUACCAUAUAUACAUGGGUACAGUAUAGAUGCAAGACUUUCAACAAAUGCCAGGCCUAUUAUAGGUGUUUUGGCCCAGGAGACUGACUCAGAAUCAAAACAUUAUGGUGACACUUACAUUCCAGCUGGGUAUUUCAAAUACCUUGAAAUGGCAGGAGCUAGAGCAGUUCCUGUGUUUGUGAAAAGAGAACCUGACUAUUAUGACCACAUAUUCAAGUCAAUAAAUGGGGUACUAUUUCCAGGUGGAGGAGUUGAUCUUAUAAAUUCCGAAUAUGCUAAAGCAGCAAAAAUACUAUAUACAGCAGCUCUCAAGGCUACUGCUGCAGGAGACUAUUUCCCUAUGUGGGGUACAUGUCUAGGGUUCCAGCUGUUGACAGCACUGGCUACUGGGAAGGACUUAAUGAGUGAUUUUGAUGCUGAAGAUUUGGCUAUUCCACUCAACUUCUCUGAUGGUUACCAAAACAGUCGCUUGUAUGGAAAUCUACCAGAGGAUGUGUAUUAUUUCCUGUCAAAGGAAGAUGUGACAGUAAAUUUCCACCACUACGGUAUUACACCAACCACAUUUCAGCUUACAAGUGACUUAAAGAAAAUGUUCCGAGUUUUGUCAACCAAUGUUGAUAGAAAUGGCAAAGAGUUUAUUUCUACAAUAGAAGGCAUUGACUACCCUAUCUAUGGAACACAAUGGCAUCCAGAGAAACCAAACUUCACGUGGAACAGCAAAGAUCAUAUAAACCAUGGACCUGAAGCAAUAAGGGUGGCACAAUAUGUUGCUAAUUUCUUUGUGGCUGAAGCUCGGAAAAGUGGACACAGAUUCAGUUCACAGAAAGAAGAAAUAGAUGCUUUGAUAGAGAAUUACAACCCGGUUUAUCACAAGGACUACACAUUUGAGGAUCGUUACUAUUUCAACUAUACAUCAGCAUCAUUCCUGUAAUUUUGUCUGACAGUAGAGAGAGAAUGAGAUUAAGUAUGCAUAUGGGUACAACAUGUUUAGACACAUAUGUAACACUGGGUACACAUGUUUAGACACAUAUGUAACACUGGGUACACAUAUGUUUAGAAACAUAAAUUUGACACUGGGUACACAUAUAUGUUUAGAAACAUAAAUUUGACACUGGGUACACGUGUUUAGAAACAUAAAUUUGACACUGGGUACACGUAUAUUUAGAAACAUAUAUGUGUAGAACUUUUACUAUUUAUUUUAUCAAGGGUCCAUUGUGUCAACUUUUCAGAUCCUGGAAAGUUUUUAUGUAAUUUGAAUUAUUUAUAAAGUACUUAAUAAAGUUUCAAAUUGUGUAGAUUUAUGUAUUGCAAGAUAUUAAAUAAAUGAGCAAAUUUUCAACAAACCCUUAUUACUGCAAAACUUCAACUUGUACCCAUAUGCAUACAAAUAAAGAAAUGUCAAACUCUUAAUUCCCCAAAGCUGAUUCUCCUGUGAUAUAAUGACACAGUGAUAUUUUAACCACUUUUUAGCUCAACUAUUCGAAGAGUAUGUAGAUCUAUCCUACGCACCACGGCGCCGGCGUCAGUGUCGGCAUCACAACUUGUUAAGUUUUAAAACUUUGAAACUUUCAACACAUGUUUACCAUCACCAUGUCCAGUUUUAGGCAAAGUUACUCUAUCAAGGAUUUGGAUGAAUUAUGGCCCCAUUUAACUUUAAUAGAAAUCUUGGUUAAGUUUUUCGUACCAGUUCACAUUUUGUGUAAAGUGUUUGACAUAUGGCUUUGAAACUUUUAUCACUUGUUUAUUAUAACAGUCUUUAUAUGUAGGCAAGAGUACAUAACUCUGUCAACUAUUUUGGCUUAAUUAUGGCCCUUUUUGGAUUUGAAAAUUGGUACAAUUUUUGUACAAGUCCACGUUUUGUCAGAACUAUUUGACAUGUGGCUUUGAAACUUUGAACACUUGCUUAUCUUGAUUUCCAUCUGUAGGCAAGAGAACAUAACGCUGUCAAGUAUUUUGGCAGAAUUAUGGCCCUUUUUGGACUUGGAAAUUGGUUCAGUUUUCAUACAAGUCAACGUUUUGUCAAAACCGUUUGGCUUUGAAACUUUGAACACUUGUUUAUCAUCAUGAUUUCCAUCUGUAGGCAAGAGUACACAACUCUGUCAACUAUUUUGGCUGAAUUAUGGCCCUUUUUGGACUUGGAAAUCAGUUAAGUUUUUCAAACCAGUCCAUAUUUUGCCUAGCCUGUUUGUCAUAUGACUUUGAAACUUUGACAACUUGUUAACCAUCAUAGUCUACAUACGUAGGCAAGACUACAUAACUAGGACAAGGACUUUAGCUCAGUUAUGGCCCUUUUUUGACAUAGAAAUUAGUUAAUUUUUGCAUACCAAAUCAUAUUUUGUCUAAACUGUUUGAUAUAUGGCUUUGAAACUUUGAACACUUGCUAACCAUCAUGGUCACACAUUGCAAUAUAGUGCAAGACUUUUCCAAAUCCACAAAUGCAGGUACAUUGUUUGUCUUAUCUAUUCUUUUUCUUUCGUCUGAAAAUCUCUGGUAAUAUUUUGACCCUAUACUUCCAUCAGUUCUUCAAAUAGUCAAGAGCUUGUCAACAGACAGCUCUUGUUAACAUUGUAUUCUAGAUUCAUCUUUGUACAUAAUUAUGUUUCUCUGUUUUCCUCAGAGUUCUUUGUUCUUAGUCUUUAAAGCUGUCUUUUCCCAAAAUGAUUUUGAUGUGCAGAUUGAUGAGUGACUAAUUAUAUGCUAACAUUUAUGAUAUUUUCAUUUUUGUGUAUAUAUCAAAAUUACUUCUAAGUUGUUAUCCCAUUAAUAUCAAGUAUCACAGCAAUAUGUUUAUAUGUAAUAAAAAUAUGAAACCUUGCAGCAAAUGAAAUACAGUUGAAAUUCUAUAUCUCGAACUCCCUUAUCUAAAAAUGUGGUGAAAUCCCGUCCCAAAAACAUGUACACAAAAUAUCGUUUUUAAGUUGAAUUUCCGUUAUCUCGAAGUAAAACACUUGAUUCGUUGGAUUUCAAAAUACCAAGUUUCAACUGUACAUCAUACAAACUGUUGUUUUAGCUGCGAUCUAUAGCAGAACAAGCUUAAUCUGUAUGACAUUGUAUUUUGGCUGCACAUAUAUAUAUAUAUAUUUAUCUUUAAAUGUUGCCUGUCUAUGCAAAAUUUCAUGUCAUGAAUUUUCUUUUGAUAUGUAUAAUAGGGUUAUCAUAAUAGUAGCUCGAUCUGGGAUGAUGUAUUCCGCUCUAGUGCAUUUUGAUAGAUCGGAUCUCACAAGGCGUGCAAGCACGAGUGUGAUCUGACCUUGCAAAACCAAUGAGAGCCGAAUUAUAGAGAAUCCCAGAUCUAGCUACUGUUAUAAUAACCCUUUUGUUAUAUACCUCCACCUUUUUAGCUCACCUGAGCAUGAAGUGCUCAAAGGUGAGCUUUUGUGAUUGCUCUGUGGCCGUCGUCCGUCAGUUGUCCGUCAUCAACAAUUUGACUGUUAACACUCUAGAGGUCACAAUUUUGGCCCAAACUUAAUGAAACUUGGUCAGAAUGUUACCCUCAAUAAAAUCUUGGACAAGUUUGAUAUUGGGUCAUCCGGGGUCAAAAACUAGGUCACCAGGUCAGAUCAAAGGAAAAGCUUGUUAACACUGUAGAGGCCAGAUUUUUGACUGUAUCUUCAUGAAACUUAGUCAGAAUGUUAAUCUUGAUGAUCUCAAGGUUCAGUUUGAAUCUGGGUCAUGUAGGAUAAAAAACUAGGUCACCAGGUCAAAUAAAAAAAAGAGCUAGUUUACACUGUAGAGGCCACAUUUAUGACCAUAUCUUAAUGAAACUUGGUCAGAAUGUUAAUCUUGAUGAUCUAUAGGUCAAGUUCAAAUCUGGGUCAGGUGGGGUCAGAAACUAGGUCACUAGGUCAAAUCAAAGGAAAAGCUUGUUAACACUCUAGAGGCCACACUUAUGAUAAUAUCUUCAUGAAACUUAGUCAGAAUGUUAAUCUUGGUGAUCUUUAGAUCAAGUACGAAUCUGGGUCAUGUCAGGUCAAAAACUAGGUCACUGGGUCAAAUCAAAGGAAAAGCUAUUUAACACUUUAGAGGCCACAUUAAUGGCCAUAUCUUAAUGAAACUUGUUCAGAAUGUUAUUGAUAAUCUUUAGGUCAGUAGGCCAGGUGAGCAAUAUGGGGCCUUCAUGGCACUCUUGUUUUAUUAUUACCAGCCGAAAUCCUCAAUGUUAAAAUAAAACUGAGUGAAGUUUUUAUGUGCCCUAAAGAUGAAGAUAAUUGAGAGAAUAUGUGGAUUACAUGACCUGACCAUUACUACAUACAGUAAAACCUCUGUUAAAGGCACCUCCAAGGAGCAACAAUCUCUGUGCAACAAAAACACUUAAAUCUUCCCAGUGGUGUUCACACUCGAGGUUGCUCGGUCUUUUGACAUUUAAAAUCUGCAUCAAGACAUAUUUUUGUACAGAACUUUUUUAUGCACGAUAGUUUCACAUUACGAUUAUUAAAGAUGACUGAAAGUUUAAAUGUAUUUUGAUGAUGUGUUUAUUCAUGCAUGCAUACUAAUUACUUAUUGUUCUAUUUUCAAAACUGUUUACUUUUAUGCUUUAUAUUUCGUAAUAAAAUUAUUUUUUCAGACA